AUGGUCCACCCUUCUACUACCUGCUGCAAGACCUCCCAGGACGGAGGCUGUGUCUGCGCUGCCCAAGCCAAGUGCUCCUGCGGCAAGGAGUCUGCUCUUCACUGUUCCUGCAACAAGGCUUCUACCGAGAACAACCUUUCCGGUCCCCGCUGCUCAUGCCGUUCUCGUCCCGCUGGUCAGUGCACUUGUGAGCGUGCGGCUACCGAGAACAAGCCCGUCGAGGGUGAGAAAUGUGCCUGCGGCACUCGUCCUGCCACUUCUUGCACCUGUGAGAAGGCCGAGGCCAUCGAGUCUGCGUUGGAGCAGGACUUCACCACUCGUGCUUGA